CACACACGCCGCCACGUGCUCCCCACGCACGUAGCGUGGCGUCACGCCGCAGUCGCGCACGGGCACCCUCGCUCCUCCCCCUCCUCCUCCCCCCCGCACCCUCCCCACGCUCGGUGAGCAGCAGCAGCAGCAGGAACCAGGCGAGAGGCACGCGGACCGACAGGCCGACGACGAAGACGACGACAUGUUGUUGAGUUGACACGGCCCAGCGCUCAACUACGCAGGCCCGCGUCGGACUGCGAGGACCCCCGGGGCUGACCCCGCGUGAACCCCGAGACCCCAGCCGGAGUGAGCACCCCUUGAGAGCGGCUCUCUCGACAGGGGCCCCUCUCAACCACCGCCACCACCACCACAACAACAGCAGCGACGUCGGCCGCCGCCACUCAGCGAGGCCACUCGAGUUACACAUCUCUUAAACAAUUUUCCCUUUAAAAAUUGUUGCCACCGAUUGAUGUUAGUCGGCUCGCCUUCUUGCUGUGGCGGUGACGGCGGUGGCGGCGGCGAUGGCCAUUGGUGUUUGUUAGACGCACUGCGAGCACGGGUGGAUUCUUCCUUCCUUCGACAACCCGCGGAAGAGACUUCGAACGCUCUUGCGAGAAACGAGGAGGGACAAGGAGGUUGAAGACAACAGGCGGAGGAGCGGCAGACAUCGCGAGUGGAUUAUUGCUGCUGCGGGUUCGUCGUGGCCGUGUGCGGCGGGGCAGCAGGAGCAGGAGGCGCAGAUGGCGGCGUCCGCGUCGUCGUGGGCGCGCGGGGCGGUGUCCAGGUGAAGCCGUCCGCCGGGGAAGAGGCACGAGGUGGAGCGGCGAGAGGAGCGGGGAUGUCGCCGCGACUCCGCGAUGGCGCCCAUACAUGAGACAGGCAUGGCCAUCCACCUAGAGGGAGAUGCGCCCUCCUCCCACGCAGCCGCCCGGCCAAACUGCUCCAUCUCCGCACGGGGACCUCCGCCUCUCCCUCCGGCGACGGCGGCGGCGCACGGCGAGGGGCGGUGCGGAGUCGGCGGAGGGGGGGGUGCGGCCCCCCCCACCGCCACCGCCGCGCCCCCCCACGCCUUCCGCUGCCCCGACCACCUGCCCCUGGAAGACGACGGCGGCGACGACGACGACGCCGUGGAUUCGGCGAUGAUCACCGGCGUCGGCGGCGUCGGCGGCGUCGGCACGACCGGUAACGACGGCGGCGUCGGCGUCGGCGGCCGCGUCGCCGCCGCGACCGCGGCCGGCGGGGGCGGCGGCGGGGACUACAAGCUGGUGCCGCACGAAGUCCUCCGUUCGCCCAGCGAUUGCUACGAGGUCCUCGGCUUCCUGGGCCGCGGCACCUUCGGCCAGGUGGCCCGGUGCCGCGCCAGGGCCCGCGGCGGGCUGGUCGCCGUCAAGGUGCUCAAGCGCCGGCCGGCGUCGUACGCCCGGCAGGCCCGCGUGGAGGCAGGCAUCCUGGCGCAGCUGGGGGACGGCGACGACCACAACCUGGUGAGGGCCUUCGAGAGCUUCUCCCACCGGGGCCACACGUGCCUCGUGUUUGAGCUGCUCGCGCUCUCCCUCUACGACUUCCUCAAGCGCGGCCGCUUCCGCCCGCUGGGCCUCUGGGCCGUGCGGCCCGUCCUGCAGCAGGUGGCCGUGGCGCUCGCCAAGCUCGAGAGCCUGGGCCUCAUCCACGCCGACCUCAAGCCGGAGAACAUCAUGCUGGUGGACCCGGCGCGCCAGCCCUACCGCGUCAAGGUCAUCGACUUUGGCUCGGCCAGCCACGUCUCCAAGGCCGUGUGCUCCACCUACCUGCAGUCGCGAUAUUACAGGGCCCCCGAGAUCAUCCUGGGGCUGCCGUUCUGCGAGGCCAUCGACAUGUGGUCCCUGGGCUGUGUCAUCGCCGAGCUGUACCUGGGCUGGCCCCUCUACCCGGGGGCCCUGGAGUAUGACCAGAUCCGCUACAUCUCGGAGACGCAAGGCGCCCCCCCGAACCGUCUGCUGAACAUCGCCACAAAGACCUGCAAGUUCUUCCGGCAGGACGGGCCCUACGGCUCGUGGAGACUCAAGACGCCACAGGAGCACGAGGCUGAGACGGGGCUCAAGUCGAAGGAGGCGAGGAAGUACAUCUUCAGCUCGCUUGACGACAUCGCACAGCUGCACCCGUCGCUGGAGUGCGACGCGCUGGAGGGGUUGGCGGAGCGCUGUGAUCGCCGGGAGUUUGUGGAGCUGCUCACCCGCAUGCUACGCCUCGACACGGAGCAGAGGGCCACUCCUCACGAAGUGCUCGCUCACCCCUUCCUCACCAUGAGCCACCUGCUCGAGCAUCAGCUCACCCAGCACUUCCGCUCGUCCUACCAGGCCAUGGAGGUUUGCCAGCGCCGACCUCCGCCCUUCGACCCGGCGCUGCUCGGCAACGCGCCCUUCCUGUCGCCAGUCGCCAUGGAGACGCCUGGCGAGGGCCUGGCCUUCGGGCUCCACGGCCAGGUGGGCGGCUUCACCUCCAACCCCGCUGUGAGCCUCCCGCUGGCCAAUCAGGACGCGGCGCUCCUUGGCUAUGGGGGGCGAGGCUACGGCGCUCCGCCCCCAUUGGACGGCCGCGACGUGGGCGGAGCCCUGCCUCAGCCAAUCGGGUCGACGCAGUACCUGACCCCCCGCGACCCCUACUCCCAGCAGCCCCUGCUGCUGUGCCCGCCCCGUUACCAAGGAACAAUGCAGACGUCCAUUGCAAAGCAUCCUGGGUACGCGCCCGCCCCCGUGGUUUCCCAGAAUCCACCGGGGCAGCCCCUGCCUUUCCAGCCGCCACUGCAGGCGUGGGGUGGCCACCCUUUGCCCGUCGUGACCGUGCAGACCUGGCAGCGCAUGCCUGGGAUCCUCGGCACCCAUGGCCUCCCUGGCGGCGGAAUUCCCAACGGCAUUCCGGGCGGUGGAAUUCCCGGCGGGAUGGCGCCCAGCGAUGGCUCGGCGACUUGGCAUGGGCAGCCACAGUCCGACAUCGGCAAGCUGCAGCUGUGUGCAGGUCACUACGGGAUCGUUCCACAGCCGUCCACGUCUGGUCACAUGACCCUGCCCUCCCAGCCAAUGGGAUCUUGCGUGCAGCCGUCACUAUGGCAACCAGGCUUGAGCGGGCUGCCACUGCGGCCUGGCAGGAGCUACGUGAGUGGCCCCCUGCGUGGUGACAGCUUCCUCCCCUCCCCCAGCAAGGCCCCCCACCGUUGGCACAACAACAACAGCAGCAGCAAGAGCCUGGGGUCCACACGGCCAGCGGGCCCCCCACCUCCCGAGCCGCCCCACACAGCCACUUCUGUGGCCUACCGAGAGGGGGCCUCCACAGGACCCCAUCGCCUUGACAACGGCAGCAUCACCAUGGCGACGCCGAGCCCCCCCACCAGCCUCCUGUCGCUGGGGAGCAGUUCCCAGGCAUCGUCAGAUGAGGAGGAGGAGGAAGAGGAGGAGGAAGGAGAUGCGGAGGAUGAAGGGGAGGAGGAGGAAGAGGAGGAAGAGGCAGACAAGGGUGUGAAGAGGUGCGAGGGCUCGCAGGCGUGCGAGGCGUGCCAGAGCAUCGCCCGCGCCGCCGCCGUGGCCGUGGGCAAGGCCUCGUGCUCGCUGGGCAGCACGGACAGCGCCCUGGGCACCAGCCUCCCCGACUCCGAGUCCCCCCGACAGCCUCCCCCGGCCCCCCCCGCACCCCCCGCCCCCCCGGCCGACGCCCCCGCCCCAGCCCCCGCGGGGGGGCCGCCGUCCCCCCCGCCUGUGUCGCCGCGGCAGUGCAUGGAGAGGCUGACGCUGUCGCCGCGGAGACGGAGGGGACCGGAGGAGGCGGCGUCGCCGCAGAGGCCGGAGGGGCGCAGCCAGCGGGCGAGGGUGGGGAGCUUUAGCCUGGCUAGUCAGUGCACUACCGCCACCACCAGCACCACCAGCACCACCGCCCAGCAGCAGCAGCAGCAACCCGGAGAGGAGCGACUCCACCCAGACCGGAAUCCCGGCUCGCGGCGUGACCGCGUGGUCACCGUGACGACCGGUGGUCACGUGACCUCCUCCUACGGCGCUCUGGGAUAUCGCGGCCAGCCGAGACAGCACCAUCAGCAACAUCAGCAUCAGCUGCAUCAGCAACAGCAGCAGCAUCAGCAGCAUCAGCAUCAUCAGCAACAUCAGCAACAUCAACAGCAGCAGCAUGCAAAUACCUACAGUCAGGCCCACCUCCCCGCCGAGCCCAACGGGAACUGGUCUCACUCGGCGUGCUGGUACAACUCGCUGGUGACCACGGCGACCGGCGGCUACGCCCAGGCUCCGCCAGGCCCGAUACCGUUCGCCCAGCCGCCGUGCCACCAGCACCAUCAUCAACAUCAUCAACAGCAGCAGCAUCAUCAACAGCAGCAGCAUCAUCAUCAGCAGCAACACCAUCAUCAGCAGCAGCAUCAUCAGCAUCAGCGUGUGUACCCCAUGCAGGGCCCCGUGCCGUAUCUUUACCAGGCCUCGUCGGGCCUACCCCGUUUCCUGGCGGCGCCCAGCGCGGCCUGUGGGCAGGCCUACGCGGCGGCCUACUCGCAGCACGCGCUCGGCCUAGGCCUGGCCGCCAGGUACCUCCCCCCGUCGCCCGGACCCUUCGUGCCUUACGGUGCCGCGCACCAGCAGCCGCAGCAGCAGCCGCAGCAGCAGCCGCAGCAGCAGCCGCAGCAGCAGCAGCCACCCGUGUUUGGGGGCGGUCGCUGCCAGCCAUACCUCACCCUCCACGCAACCGCGGCAGCAGGCUCCAACCCCGGCACAGGACUAGGCCUCUACCCAGGCUUCCCUGUGCUGCAGCAGAGCGUCGCACAGUACCUGCUGAUCUGAUCUGAGAGAAGAGGGUGGAGAUGGAGAGAAAAUAGAUAUAUACAAGGUAUGGAUAGGUGGAGGAUGGAGUGGUAUGGAAAGGGUUGAUGGAGUGAGUGAUGGGAGGAGGAGAGAGAUGGACAGAUGGAGAAAGAGAAGGAGAUAGAGAGAGAGAGAAAUAGAGAGGAGCGAGAGAAAUGGAAGAAGAGGGCACGAGAUGGAGAGAUUGGGAAAGAGAGGAGAUGUGGAGUGAAGGAUGAACACAGGGAUUGAGAGGAAUGGAGGGGAAGGAGUAGGCAUGUAACAAAUGAUCAGUUCAUUGGUCGUCACCAGGGCUUGACUAAGCCGGGCCUGGCCCGGCCUCCACCCAUUGUGCACCAGGCAUACCACUUCCGGUAUAGCUCUCGCAAAAUGUUCAGCGAGGAAUUAAGUCCUGGUUACAGUUGAUUCGCACGGUCAAGGCAAACACGUGCAACCAUGCGUGCAGCAACAUACGCCGUGUGAGUUGGGUUAAUUUGAUCCCUGCAGCCACUAGAGGCCGCUACAUUCACCACGAUGUUAAACAAAAUAAUUUAUCUUUGAAUCAAACCGAGACCAUGAAUUGCCACAAUGAGAUACGUCCUGGAAACACUUAGACAUCCCCCAAAAAUAAAGACUGACUGUUGGGGCAAGUCCUGUUAGCGAGCACCUGUGAAGGUCGGUAUGAUAAAGGAGGGGUUGAGUGGCCAGCACCACGCCCGGCUACCUUUGGCUCCCUGUGGCGAUGUUUACUACACACCGCACCAGAUACUGGGGCAGGCCCGGGACCGGUUGAAAUAAUCUUCAAUGGUGUUGAUGGCGUAUGAGCAGGAAUCAAACUCAUAUUUACCCAUGUAUAUUUUAAGCGCAUCCAUGCUGGCUUCAUGACUAAAAUCUACAAUCCACCCUCGAUUGUCGUUUCGUAUCCCCACUUAAUAAUGCGCUUGCUUCAUCCACUUCGUAACAAUAAUAAUCAUUAUUAUUAUACUUUUAACUUAUUUAGCAUCGUUUGUGCAAACUGCUAAAUCCGGACCCUCUCCGCGCAGCGAGAGUUUGUGGGUUGCCAGGUGUUUCCAGAACACAGCUCGAUUGUUAUUUACGUUGUUACGUGCCGAUGGGGAAGGAAGGAAAGGAGGGGACGGGGGGAGCGUCGAAGGAAGGAGGGCGAUGAAACGAAGAAGAAAAGAGGGCAAAAGGUGAUGAAGGACCGUUUUGAAGGAGGAGGGAACGGACGGGCGGAGGGAAGGGACUCCGUUGGCUCAGAGCGUGUAAUUUCAGCGGCGUCGGUUCAACGCGAGCGAAAUGCCUGGGCCGUUUUCCGGCGUUCGGUGCCUCGUCAGCAAGACGCCAGGCUAGGCUUGAACGAGUUCGAUUCCUGCUCUGGGUCCGUGGACUCUCAAGAGAGAGCAAGCGAAAGAGAGAGAGAGGGAGCGAGCGAGAGAGCGGUUUGCGAUCGCGGUGCUGGUGGUGCGUGCAUUGGGCACUGUACACAUUUCAGUUUCACGUCCAUCGGCCGUUGACCGUCGCGAUUUUCUUGUUUUAUUUUCGCUUGGAAGUUUCAGGAUCAUGGUGUGGGAGGUGGGGGGGACGGGGGACGGUGGGGUGGAGAAGUUGGUGCAGCGAUCGGUCGGAGAGUCUGGCUUUUUGCGCUUAACUGUAAUAGUAAUUAUAAUAAUAAUCAGCACUGGGUGGGGUUAGAACUCCACCGCGCUAUGGACGUGAUCAAUUUUUAACGAACGCGUGCAAGAGGUUCUUGAUUUUAAUCGAUGAUUGCUUCCCCUUUUCGUUUUUGAACGCGGGCAAGUUGGUUAUGUCUGAGCAGUCGGGGUAUUUAUAUGGACGGGCUGAAGGAGAGCUUAAGUAUUUCAUGAUGUAAACCGUUGGCAUGAUUUCAUUAGGUCCCUUCAAGCCAGCUGUCAUACAAUGAAUGUAUCUUAACAAAAUUAUAUAUUCUAAAAUUCAAUGUAUUUGCUUUAAGAAAAGUAUACGAUAGAGUUUGUGUGUGCGGCACUAUAAUAUAAAAAAUAUAUAUAUACGUAAAUAUAUAUACGAUAUGAUCGCAUAAGCUUCUAAAUCCAACACGCGCUCCGGCAGUUUUGAUACGACACUUACCCUGUACAGUAUUUUUGUAACUCGGACAGCGGAGCGGCGACGGUGGCGGUGGGGGUGGCGACGCUUUUUUGGUAAAACAGAGAAUUUGGGACGCUCCAUGAACCCACACUGCGUCAACAGCAGCAGCAGCAGCAGACAACAACAACGACAUAGAGGAGCACGAGCGAAUAUCCCAGUAACACGUGGAACAUUGCUAGCCCAACGUUGACCCAAAGUUGGGCCAACGAUUCCAAACACAUGUCAACGUUGGGCCAAUGUUCCAACGUUGGGCCAAAUGUUCCAAACACAUGUCAACGUUGGGCCAAUGUUGUUCCAACGUUGGGCCAAAUGUUCCAAACACAUGUCAACGUUGGGCCAAUGUUGUUCCAACGUUGGGCCAAAUGUUCCAAACACAUGUCAACGUUGGGCCAAUGUUGUUCCAACGUUGGGCCAAAUGUUCCAAACACAUGUCAACGUUGGGUCAAUGUUGUUCCAACGUUGGGCCAAAUGUUCCAACCACAUGCCAGCAUUGAGCCAACGUUGGGCUAACGUUGGGCCAACAUUGGCAUGUUUACUGGGAUGGGCCACUGCUGCUGUUGUUGAUGUACCGAGCGAUGGAGGUGGUGGUGGUGGUGGAAGAGUUGAUUGUUUCUCGUGAGAUGUAUGUCAAAGUGCCUUAUAUUUUACUAGAGGGCAGUUCCUCCUACGGGCAGUCUCAACCAUCCCCCAGAAGCCCCCGCCCCUCUCCCCGUGGGCCCCCACCUCCUCCCCCAUCUGCUCCUUCUCACGAUCGUCGCUGCGAUUCUGGCGGAAGGUGAGACAGGUGGAGGAGGAGGAUGAGAAGGGGGGUGGCGAUGUUCCCAUAGGAGCGUGACCCCGCGUGACCCCAUGGGGGUGACGGAGCGAGCCGGGGUGUCCGUGUGGAGGACUCCAUCGGUGUAGGAAUCGGGCCGUGGGAGUGGGGCAGGCUCCUGGCGCCGUUGGCCGCUGUCACUCCUCCGUCCGUGCGUUUGCGGUGGAAACUUUCCCCGUGAUCCUAGAUCUCGGUCACCGCCGGCGACGGCGCCAACGGAAUCUCCGUAGCGCCGAGUCUCACUCGUUUGGUCCCCCCCCCCCCCCCCCCCGGCGUGAAUCUCAACUCCCAGCAAACUCUCUCCCUGCUCUCGCACGACCCGCCGGUGGAAACUACACAUUCCUAGAACGGGGACGCGUCUAUCCGUAAGACAACCACUGUUUACUCCCCCCCAUGAGCUGGUCCUUAGUUUAUAGGCCACAUCGGGAGGGAGGGUAGAUGAUGAUUCAACUCCCCGCCCACCCAACCAGGAGUUGAACUCACCACUUAUAGGUUAAAGCGGCGUGAUCCACAACCAGUCCGUCUUGGUGACGCGCCUGACACUCGUUGGUCACUCGAAAAAGGGAGGUGCGGAGCGGGGGGUGGGGGCAGUCCCGAAAUCUCUUUACAGAGGGCCCUCUAAAGCAAUCACAGCACGCAGUGAGUGGUGCCUGGUGAAUAUCUACCGGUUCACAAGUUGUGGUUCUCCUAAGAUCCACCCCCGAGAAGCUGGUGGGGAGAGGGAGGUGAGGCUGGGGGGAAGGUGGUUGUUGUUGUUGUCGUUGGUGGUUGUUGUUGGUGGUACUGGUGGUUGUUGUUGUUGACCAGUGCUCCUCGCAUCACGCGCUGACAAUCGCGCCCUCUCGGGCUGCAGGGUGCAGAGUUCACAGUUUAUUUUGUACAAAAUGGAAAAGAUUUAAUAUUGAUGAUAUUAAUUAUAAUAUUGAUAAUCUUAUUUACGAAGAGAUAUAAUACGAAGCAAUGGAAUACUGCAGCUUAUGUAUGUGGGAGGGUAACAGGCUAUUAACAAGGGAGGUAGACUUAGUGAUGAUGAUGAUGGUGGUGGUGUUGGUGAUGACGAUAAUUAGGCAUGUAACAAUUCAUUGAAUGAGCUAGUUAAUUGAUACUUGCGUGGAAUCAUGCUAUCGACUAUACAGGACACAUGCAAAUUAUAUGCCAAUGACAUUGUAAUGAAAUGAAACUG